UUUUUUAAAAACUUGAAAUGUCAAAGUUAAAGCAUCUAAACUAACCCAACUACUCAUUACAUUUGAGAAAUCAGUGUCGCAGUCGCAGCACUUCCUUCUCCUGAACCCAACUGUCUGUCAUGCUGUCUGCCUCACUGCUUCAACCUGAAAGUAUGGAGGCAGCAAGUAUGGAGGCAGCAGAAGCACCAAUUCCAUCGGAGUCACUCAUGGAUCAGAUUUCCAAAUACAAAACCAUGAUGAUUGCAGCAUACAAAAGAAAGCCAAUCCCUUAUUGGAUUCUUCUUGUUCUUGGAAUCAUUGCAAUGGUGGUCGCAUUUCCUGCUUCGAGCAUUCUAUCCCGUGUUUAUUACGCGAACGGUGGACAGAGCAAGUGGAUCAUAUCUUGGGUUGCCGUUGUGGGGUGGCCUCUAAUUGCAUUGAUACUGCUUCCUACAUACUUCGUUACUAAAACCGUUCCUACUCCUCUAAGCUUAAUACUGUUUCUUUCUUACGUUGUUCUGGGUUUCUUAAGCGCUGCUGAUAAUCUCAUGUAUGCUUAUGCCUACGCUUACCUACCUGCCUCUACUGCUGCUCUUGUGGCGUCAUCCUCCCUCGUGUUUUCAGCACUUUUUGGAUACAUUCUCGUAAACAACAGAAUGAAUGCUUCUAUAAUAAAUGCACUUUUUGUCAUAACUGCUGGAUUGACUAUCAUUGCCUUGGAUUCAAGUUCAGACCGAUAUGAUAAUGUCAGUAACAAUGAAUACAUCAUGGGAUUGGUUUGGGAUGUUUUGGCUUCUGCUCUUCACGGCCUUAUUUUUGCCCUCUCUGAGCUGAUUUUCGUGAAGCUACUUGGAAGACGAUCCUUCGUCGUUGUUUUGGAGCAGCAAAUCAUGGUUUCGUUAUUUGCAUUUCUGUUUACCACCGUAGGAACAUUUGUAAGUGGUGAUUUUCAAAGAAUGACAACUGAGGCUACUAGUUUCAAAGGUGGUAGAAGCGCUUAUUAUCUUGUUCUCAUUUGGAGUGCAGUAACUUUUCAGUUAGGGGUUUUAGGGGCAACUGCUGUAAUUUUCUUGGCCUCAACUGUGCUAGCUGGUGUACUUAAUGCAGUUAGAACACCAAUAACAAGCAUUGCAGCUGUUAUACUGUUGCAUGAUCCAAUGAGUGGUUUCAAGAUCCUCUCCCUCGUGAUUACAUUUUGGGGAUUUGGUUCAUAUAUUUAUGGAAGUUCAAUGGAUGAUAAACAAUCAUAAGAAUCAUAAGGUAAUACCGUGCGACAACAUUUGAUUAUAGCUCUUGUGUAUAUGAUAUCAUAUGUGUAUUUUAUUUGAAUUCUCAUUCUCAAAAUUGAGAACUUAUCUUAAUUUAGUUUCUUUUAUACGUAGGAUAAGGUUUGGUUGUUAUUGUUGUUUUUGUUUUUAAAAAUGACUCAUGUGACUUCUCCCAUAACAAACAUCAAUAUAUGGUGUGAAAACAUAGUUUCUUAGUUUUGUAA